UCAACCUUCUUUCCCUUCUUUCUCUCACAAAUCAACCAAAUUUCAAUCACAAUGCCAAUUUACCUAGUUGACAACAACGGCGCACCCAUCAACACCUACGAAAUCACAAUCGAUUCAUCUCACACAAUCCAAACCCUCUUAACCUCAUCCCCUUCCCAAGUCGAUUCCUGGCUCCUCCAAACCCAAUCUCAAUCCCCUCUCCUCGUCGGUCUCGACAUCGAAUGGCGUCCAAACUCCCAACGCGGCCAAUCAAACCCCGCCGCCACUCUCCAACUCUGUACCAACAACCGCUGCCUCGUCUUCCAGAUCAUCCAUUCCCCUUCCAUUCCUCCUUCCCUUCUCACCUUCCUCGCUAACCCUAACAACAGAUUCGUUGGUGUUGGAAUUGAAGCUGAUGUUGAGAAGCUUAUUGAAGAUUAUGAUAUGAGUGUGAGGAAUUUUGUUGAUUUGAGGAACCUUGCUGCUGAGGUUCUUGAUGAUAGAGAUUUGUUGAGAAGUGGGAUUAAAAGUUUGGGUGAACGUGUUCUUGGGAAAAUUAUUGAGAAACCGCAGAGGAUUACGAGAAGUAGAUGGGAUAAUCCUUGGCUUAAUGCUGAUCAAGUGAAGUAUGCUACUAUUGAUGCUUAUGUUUCGUUUGAGAUUGGUCGUCGUCUUUAUUCUAAUCAGGUUAUUGAAUGAAUAAUCACCUUAUUUUUGAGCUUAUGCCAAAUGACUUAUGGAAAUAAAUAAUUUUUUACUUAUUAUUAUAAGUUUUCAUGGUAAUUUAUGAUUAAAGCAACUUAUAAGGAUACAAUUUUUGUAAAUGAAAACUUAUGAAAUAACACAAACAUUUAUUUAUUUGCAUAAAACUAUUUUCAUAAGCUCAAAAAUAAGUCAAAUUCGACCUUAAUGUGUUUCUAUUUAUCUUUGACAUUUGUUAGUAGUGUUGUUACUUGUUAGGUUUCAGGUUAAACAAUUGGGACUUUUUUAAGUCUGUGAAUGUGAUGAUGAUUAUGAUGGGUAUUCUGGAUUAACUAAAGUAGUUUCAAUUUCAGGGGAUUAUCAUUUGUUCCACAUUAUCAAGAUAAUGUUUCUCUAUAUCUAAUCAAAUACUGAGUAAUUAGAAUUAUUCAGCCAUUUAUCUAUAGUAUUACUGUAUUUCUUAUUCCACUGUUUACAAAGAACAUUAUUUCAAGAUUAUGGUGGGUGCCACACUUGAUUCCGAA